AUGGACCAGAGACGAUUGCUCAAACUGCAACAGCGUCUUAGAGGCAGCAACAGACUACCCGAUGCCGCCUCUCUUGCUACUUCCGCCAAAGUGACAAAACCCUCGCCCAAGCCGAACCUGUCCUUUACCAAUGUCUUUGAGACUUCCGACUCUACACUCGAUGUCACCAUCGGCAGCAAUACUACCAUUGCUAGAAACACAACAGUGGAUCCACAAUACGAAGCAGCAUUACCCAGCAAGCUGCUAUCCAACGCCAGCCCUGCGCCCAGCGCCGGCGCUUUGCCCCCCGAUUCGCCCCCCGAUUCGCCUCCAGUAUUGGCAACAAAUUCUUCCCCCCCCUACAUCGACCCAGAUUUCAACAUUCUUUUGACACCACCCACGGAAACUACAUACAACUCCACCACAUACAACUCCACCACAUACAACUCCACCACACACAACUCCACCACACACAACACACCUGCUAAUCCACCCGUGGAAAACAACCAACUCACUAGUUUCAAUUUCAACCACUACUCUCUAAACCAACUAAACUCCUCCAUCGUUUCCAUCACCACCAUCGACCUUCUAACCUCCAUCUUCAAAAACAUCUUCCACUCCAACCUAAUCCCCAAAGCCACGGAUGAAUUCAACAAUACCCGCCGCCACUCAACGUUAUUACAAAAAUUAUUGCUCAAACUAGACGUCAAAAUCUUUUCCGAUUUCAUAUCAAAAGUUAUACUCUCCGCAAACUUCUUGCUAGAUCUCAACCUCUCGAACAACUUGAUCGUUAAAAAGAUCAAGCUUCUCCACAAGACAAAGGAGUAUUUAAACAACGCCAUCUGGGAAAAAAGAUCUCUUUUAAAUCAGUUGAAAUUCACCUAUUUCCAACUAUCAACCAAAAAUCAUGAUCCCACCCAUUUAUUGCAAUUAAACCAAUCAAUAAAACACUUAAAUCAUUCAAUAUUAAACCCAUCCGAUCCAUCCAAUCAAAUACCCCCGCAACAUCACCCUCGCAGCUCCACCGCUCUAAUCAAUCUCAUUAACCCCAACAAUGGAUUGUUACAAAAAAUCAAAAAUUUAAAUAUUCAAUUGAAAAAAAACUUGCAAAAUAUUUCUUGA